GGGAAAUAUCUCGUACUUUAAUUAUUUAUUUAUCCAAAAUGCAGGUUAUUGAUAUAUAUAUUAAUAUCUUUAUCUAGUUCAGAAUUUGAUAUGAAUUCAAUAGAAUAAAGAGUGAAUGAGUAUCUCGAUUAAAUCGAACUUCAAAUCACUGACCCUACACAGAAGCAAUAAAAUUAUUUUGAAAAUGUUAGACAUCAUAUCAAAUCUUAUGAACAUAAGUGCUAGAAUGAUCUUGAAGCCAUGUCACCAUUUUCUCUAAGAGAAAUCUGUACACCAAUUGAAUAAAUCAAAACAUGUUUCUCUAAAUCUAAUGAGUUACUAAGGGUGAAUCCCUUUCAUAAAAACAACUUGCAUAUAAUAAUUCAUUGCAAGAAAUAGAUGGCUCAAUCAUGAA